AUGAAGGUUUGUGUUAAAGUGACACCUCUCCGUGAAGAGGUACACAGACCCAUCAAACAGUUAGAAAUGCAUCGAUCCUGCCACCCUAUGUUUAAUUACUUUGACAAUAUAUUCAGCCAGAGAGCAUGGGAGAGAGCCUACAGAGACCACAGGAGAAAGAUUGAAACUGCCAAAGCAGUAGUAGAUUGCCGUCCUCCUUUGAUCUACAACCAUAUUCAACUCAACCUAAAGAAAUUCAAGAAGGAGACAGAAAGGCUUCGAUUCAUUGAGAGAGAAAAUCGCUGGCUGAUGGAGAGGAUAGCUUUCAUCAUGAGGACCCAGGAUGCAUGUGACAUCUUAAAUGACUACAGACAAAGAUGGUAA